AUACCCUCUCAUUGAUCAAAAUGAUAUCACCAGAGCCCUUCUAAACUUAAUCACACCAACCCAACUUCCUGAUGAAUUAACAAGCAACUUACCUUUCGAAACUGUUUGUCAAAUCACUUCAACCCAACUCGGUUUGAAUAUCAAUCUUGUCCUCAAUCUUGCGCUCUCCCACAGUACUCAUCUCAAAAAAUUGGUAGAAUUGGCAAGUUCAAGAAAAGCUCAUUUGAUCAUCAUGGAAUGCGGAACCCAGAAUAAUAAUAAUCUCGGUUAUGAUAUUGAGCGAGUGCCAAAGAUUAGAGUUGAUAAAAAUUCACUUGAUGUCCAGAAAAUUGUGUCUGAAAUGUUCAUUUUACUGGAGAAAAAGGAUAAAGAUGAUGCAAGGGAGACUGAGAGCCUGGAAAAAAGCAACAUCAGACAACCGACAAAUGAUCACUUGCAUGUGUUGAACUUUUAUGAGCAGCAGAAAAACAUUGAAUUUGAAUGCAGAAGAUGCUCAAGACCCUGUGAUGGCACUUUCUAUAAAUGCGAAGAUUGCAAAUGCGAAGAUUGCGAUGAAUUUACCCUUCACAAAGUUUGUGCAGAGUCUGCUUCAAAAGAAAAUGUUAAUCAAACAAGAAUUGAAGACACAAGGGCUUGAUAAUUUGAAUGAUGAGAGAUUAAGGAAUAUUUUAAGGAAAUUUGAUGAGGAUAAGGAUAAGAUUGUCAGCCAGGCUGAGUUAAGGAAAACUCGUCAUUACAUGUACGUGCGUAAAUGGUAAGCUACUCGGACAAUUGCUUCAGCCAUGUUGAAAGAUAAAAUUGAUUUUUGGCAAAAUGCGUAAAUUUAACCUUAAAUUUUGACCGAUUAUCCUUGUAGUUCCUGAAUUUUACUACGAUUCUAAUCAAUUUUGACCUAACAUUUCACAUUUCAAUAAUAGCUAUGUCAUUGGCUAAAAUAAAUUAUCUUUGUAGAUGUUCGAUAAUGAUACUACACUUUUACAUUUCAUCUUAGAAAGAGACGUGAUUAUUGUUGAAAUGUGAAAAUACAGGAUCUAUAAAGGUCAUGGGGCACAAGGAUAAUCGUCAAAAUUACAUGGUCAAAUUUAUACGUUACGCCAUUGAUUUUUUUCAUUUAAAAGAAUAAACUAAAACAUGUUUUCUUU